AUUCAACAAUAUUUUUCAGAUCUUCUUAGUUCUCGUUGGUGUGCGAUGCAUUCGACCUCAUAUUUUUUAUUGACAAUAGACCACAAUUCCAAAUUUUAGUGGAAUUGUCUGCAAUAUUAAAGUCAAUGGAUCAUUGUGCUCAAAAGCCUACACACGAAGUGUUCUACAAAAAAGUUGACUCUUCAACAUAAAACUUUUCUAUUUUAUAUUGGUUAACAAAUGAUGAAACAUAGUAUAUCCUCAAAAAGGAACUGUUGGAUAAAGGUUUGUAUACUUUACCAACAUAUCAUUAUCAGUAGAAGUUUCUCAGUCUGUACUUUCAAGGAAUAACAUACAUAAACUCAUCAUAAUCAUAACUCAUAAUUCACAUCACACAAAUUGCAUCACAUGGCAACAGAACCAAAGAAGAUCAUAAUUGAUACCGAUCCUGGAAUCGAUGAUGCUAUGGCUAUAUUCCUUGCUCUGAGAUCACCAGAGGUUGAAGUUAUUGGACUUACAACUAUCUAUGGAAAUGUUUAUACUACUCUUGCUACCAGAAAUGCUUUGCAUUUGUUGGAGGUUGCUGGAAGAACUGAUAUACCAGUUGCUGAAGGAUCUCAUGUCACAUUAAACAAAGAACCGAAACUAGGCGUUACAGAUUUUGUCCAUGGUGCAGAUGGACUUGGCAACCAAAACUUUCCACCACCAAAUGGGAAACCUAUUGAAGAAUCAGCUGCUGAUUUUUUGGUUAACCAAGCAAAAGUGAACCCCGGAAAAGUCACUGUGGUGGCAUUAGGCCCUCUUACAAAUAUUGCUUUGGCUAUACAGAUGGACCCAGAGUUUGUUAAAAACAUAGGCCAGAUUGUUCUGCUUGGUGGAUCUUUUGCAGUAAAUGGCAAUGCGAAUCCAGCUGCUGAAGCAAAUAUAUAUGGUGAUCCACAGGCUGCAGAUGUUGUAUUCAUAAGUGGCGCAAAUGUACUUGCAGUUGGAAUAAAUGUUACUCACCAAGUCGUAUUGUCAGGUUCUGAUCGAGAAAAGUUGGCAAGUUCAAAAGGAAAAUUUGCUCAAUACUUGACCGGAAUCUUAGAGGUGUAUUUCGCUUACCAUUUUGAUGCAUACAACACCAAUGGAGCUUACCUUCAUGACCCAACAGCGUUGCUUGCAGCCGUUGAUCCUUCACUUGUAACCUGCACGGAGGGUACUGUUAGAGUCCAAACCAGUGGCAUUACAAGGGGACUUACAAUACUCUGCGAUAAACAUAAAAGUUUUGGAGAAAUCACAGAAUGGUCUAAUAAGCCAUCAGUAAAAGUAGCUGUGACAGUUGAUGCUCCAAGAGUUGUGAAAUUGGUCAUGGAUCGUCUUUUGUCUUGAAGUAGCUGUGAACUCAUUUUAUUAGCAUUAAACUUUGAAAAUGUGUGUAACACAAUUAUUAAUAAGCUAAACAUGUUAGAGGUUAA